AUGCAAUUUCAACUGACCUUUCUUUUGCACCUUGGGUUGCUUAGUUAUGCAAAAGCUGAAGAUGAAUGCAACAAACGUGCCUGUUAUCCCACCACCGGCGAUCUCCUGGUGGGACGCAGCUCACAGCUCACGGCUUCUUCCACUUGUGGGCUACAUGGAGCCCAGAAAUACUGCAUCCUCAGCUACCUCGAGAGGGAACAAAAAUGCUUCAUUUGUGACUCCAGGUUUCCAUACGAUCCACACAACCAGCCCAAUAGCCACCCCAUUGAGAAUGUGAUUACAAAUUUUGAACCAGAUAGAGAAAAGAAGUGGUGGCAAUCUGAAAACGGUCUUGAUCAUGUCAGCAUCAGAUUGGACCUAGAGGCAUUAUUUCAGUUCAGCCACCUUAUUCUAACCUUUAAGACUUUUCGGCCUGCCGCAAUGUUAGUUGAACGUUCCACAGACUAUGGACACACCUGGAAAGCAUUUAAAUAUUUUGCAAAAGAUUGUACAACUUCCUUUCCCAACAUCACAUCCGGCCAGGCACAGGGAGUGGGAGACCUUGUGUGUGACUCUAGAUAUUCGGAUAUUGAACCCUCCACUGGUGGUGAGGUUGUUUUAAAAGUUUUGGAUCCCAGCUUUGAAAUAGAAAACCCGUAUAGCCCCUACAUCCAGGACCUUGUUACAAUAACAAACCUGAGGAUAAACUUCACCAAACUGCACACCCUUGGGGAUGCUUUGCUUGGAAGGAGACAUAAUGAUUCCCUUGAUAAAUACUACUACGCCUUGUAUGAGAUGGUGGUUCGGGGCAGCUGUUUUUGCAAUGGCCAUGCUAGUGAAUGCGGCCCGAAGCAGAUGGUGCGGGGAGAUGUGUUCAGCCCUCCUGGAAUGGUUCAUGGUAGGUGUGUGUGUCAGCACAACACAGACGGCCCAAACUGUGAGCGGUGCAAGGACUUCUUCCAGGACGCUCCUUGGAGGCCAGCUGCAGGCCUGGAGGACAGCUCCUGCAAAGCUUGUAGCUGUAACGGCCACUCGGACCGCUGUCACUUCGAUAUGACCGUGUACCUGGCCAGCGGCGGUGUCAGCGGGGGUGUGUGUGAAGACUGCCAGCACAACACCGAGGGACAGCACUGCCAUCGCUGCAGGCCCCUUUUCUACAGGGACCCCCUCAAGGCCAUCUCGGACCCUUACGCGUGCCUUCCUUGUGAAUGUGACCCUGAUGGAACCGUUUCGGGUGGCAUUUGUGUGAGCCACUCCGAUCCUGCGUUGGGGUCUGUGGCCGGCCAGUGCCUGUGUAAGGAGAACGUGGAAGGAGCCAAGUGCGACCGGUGCAAGCCCAACCACUACGGACUGAGCGCCACUGACCCCAUGGGCUGUCAGCCCUGUACCUGUAACCCCCUGGGGAGUCUGGCACUCUCGCCCUGUGAUGUAGACACAGGCCAGUGCCUGUGCCAGCCUUUUGCCACCGGACCACACUGUGAGGAGUGCGCUGUUGGAUAUUGGGGACUGGAAAACCAUCUCCAUGGAUGUGCUCCCUGUGACUGUGAUAUUGGAGGUGCUUAUUCUAAUGUGUGUUCUCCCAAGGAUGGGCAGUGUGAAUGCCGCCCGCAUGUCACGGGCCGCCGCUGCUCGGAACCGGCCCCCGGCUACUUCUUUGUUUCUUUGAACUUCUACGUCUAUGAGGCCGAGGAAGCCAUGCCGCUCCAAGGACUUGCCCCUUUGGGCUCAGUGACUUUUGGCCAGGUGCCUGCUGCUCACGUGGUCUUCCGAGAGCCAGUUCCCGGGACAUCUGUUACCUGGACCGGACCUGGAUUUGCCAGGGUUCUCCCUGGGGCUGGCUUAAGAUUUGCUGUCAAUAACAUUCCUUCUCCCAUGAAUUUCACUGUGGCCAUUCGCUAUGAAGCUCAGUCUGCUGCUGACUGGGUUGUCCAGGUUGCGGUCAGCCCCCGCGGAGGAAGCGAGCGCUGUCCGCGCAGGACCCCUCCGCAAGAGCCUCCGUCUUUCACCUUACCAGCAGCCUCCAGAAUCAUGCUGCUUCCCACACCCAUCUGUUUAGAACCAGAUGUACAAUAUCUCAUAGAUGUCUAUUUUUCGCAGUCUUUGGAAGGAGGGUCCUACGCUCAUUCACACAUCCUUGUUGAUUCUCUUGGUCUUCUUCCCCAAAUCAAUGCAUCAGAGGAUUUCUGCAGCAAACCGGAUUUAGAUGAAUAUCAGCUGCACACCUGUGUCGAAAUUGCCUCGGAACCAGGAGCUCAAGUGCUCCCUGGUGCAUGUGAAAGGCUCAUCGUCAGCAUGUCUGCCAGGCUUCAUGAUGGGGCAGUGGCCUGCAAGUGUCACCCCCAGGGCUCAGUCGGGACCAGCUGCAGCCCACUUGGAGGCCAGUGCCAGUGUAAGCCACACGUGUCUGGGCGCUGCUGUGACAGGUGCUCAACAGGAAGCUACGGUUUGGGGCAUCAUGGCUGUCACUCAUGUCACUGCCACCCUCAAGGCUCAAAGGGCACUGUGUGUGACCAAAUAACCGGACAGUGCCCCUGCCAGGAAGAGGUGGCUGGCCGCCGUUGUGACCGGUGCCUGCAGGGCUAUUUUGGAUUUCCCAGCUGCCGCCCUUGCCUUUGUAAUGGAUUUGCAGAGCUUUGUGAUCCAGAAACAGGGUCGUGCUUCAAUUGUGGGGGGUUUACAACUGGAAGAACCUGUGAAAGAUGCAUCGAUGGUUACUAUGGAAAUCCUUCUUCAGGACAGCCCUGCCGUCCUUGCCCGUGUCCAGAUAUUCCCUCGAGCAAUCGGUAUUUUGCUCAUUCCUGUUAUCAGAAUCCUUGGAAUUCAGAUGUAAUCUGUAAUUGUCCUCAAGGUUAUGCAGGGAGGCAGUGUGAAGAAUGCUCUGCUGGUUUCUAUGGAAAUCCAAGAAUUUCAGGAGCACCUUGCCGGCCAUGUGCCUGCAACAACAACAUUGAUGUAACUGAUCCGGAGUCCUGCAGCCGAGUGACAGGGAAGUGCCUUAAAUGUCUGCACAACACUGAGGGGCCAAACUGCCAGCUUUGCAAACCUGGUUACUUUGGAUCGGCCCUCAACCAAACCUGCAGAAGAUGCUCCUGUAAUCCUUCUGGCGUGAAUACCACUGAGUGUCCCCCUGGUCGGGGAGCUUGCCUCUGUGACCCUGACACUGGCACAUGCCCUUGUCUGCCCAAUGUCACAGGGCGGACUUGUGACCGUUGUGCUGAUGGAUACUGGAACCUGGUCCCUGGCAGAGGAUGUCAGCCAUGUGACUGUGACCCCCGGACCUCUCAUGGUAGCCACUGUGACCAGGCAAGAUACUUUAAACUCUACUAA